AAAAGAAAAAUCAAUCGAUAUCAAAUUUAACUCAUGUUUUUUUUCCGCUGCCCCUCCAGAUAUUCAUCUUCGAUCAAUGAACGUUAGAUUGAUGAACGUUAUAAUUGAUUGUAACAAUAGGUAAAAUUGACAAUUAUUGCAACCAUUAAAACAAUAUUUUUGCUCACUUAAAAGAUCCCUGAAGUUUAAUGUAACAGUUUGGUUACACUUUUAACAGAUCCAUAUGUGUAGGGUCUUUCAUGAACAUUUAUGAAAUAAUUAUAUACGUUUUUGUUCUUGCUUUUUUCAAAGAAAUUUUUUAGUCAAAGAACGUGUUGCGAGAUUGUAAAGUAUUAGGAGAGGCAGAUAAAAGCGAUCUAAAAAUACAGGUGGACUGUGAAUUGUGGGGAACCAGCCAAACUAUCCUGACCAUUUAAUUUUGACCAUUUAAUCUUGGCCGUUGUAUGCUGUGCGCCUCUUUCAAUACAGCCUCGCAAAAAAGAUCAACUCGACUUCGACUGUUUCAGGUGACGCCUAUACCUCUACAGAUCAGUGUAUGACCCAAAAUCAUGACUCGCGUGUAUUGGAUCCGAACCAUCGUCCUCUUCUGCUGUAUCGGGGUGUUAAUGAUACUCACCACUCAGAUUCGGAGUGUCUGGUACUUCAGCCAGGACGAGGAAAGCUCUGAAGUCAUAGACUUACAAAAGACUAAAAGUAGGGUGAAAGUACCAAUCAGCAAUGUAGAAAUUGAAGACUUUGGUACAGGGCCGCUACAAAACUUCCGGCAGGUCGCACAUGCGUACAACCUGGCAGAUCUCAACGUGGACAACAUGACAGACGAGGAACUGCGCAUGACCAUACACGCGUACCCAGACAACGUUGACGUCGUGUGCCGAAGGAAACUCCGAAUGGGUAAAAUUGGAGACGGCGGCUGGGAGGUGUGUGACGACCCUGACGUCAGACCCACAAUGCCCUGCGUCGUCUAUUCCUAUGGUAUCCACUACGACUUUUCUUUUGAUGAUGACGUGGCCAAACUUUACGGGUGUCACGUGUACUCAUUCGACCCCAGCAUGGAUAAAGUAGAAGACCGUUAUAACAGAUCUGAUAAGGUCCAUUUCUACAAGAUCGGCCUGGACGGGGAGACGUAUGUCAACACGAGAAACUGGAGCCUCUACACCCACGGGGACAUCAAGAAGAUGCUGGAACAUCAGAACACCAACAUCGACGCCAUCAAAAUGGACAUUGAGAAAUCCGAGUGGGGCGCCCUGCCUGAGAUGCUCGCUUCCGGUCAGCUGAAGAAUGUUCGCCAGCUCCUAGUGGAGUUCCAUGUGAAGGACACUGACCGGGAUUAUCUGCUGCCCAGGGUCAAGCUUAUGCAGGGUUUGGAGAGGGCGGGGAUGAGGAAGUUUUACGUCCAUAAAAAUUUUUACUGUUCCGGGGAGGUGGAGGGAUUCCCUGUUAUUAGAACCCGGUGUUAUGAGGUUCAUUAUAUGAGGCGCUGAUUGGGUGGAAUGCAUGAGGCGCUGUUUGGGUAAUAUAUAUGCGAUGAUGAUCGGAUAGAUUCAGUGGCGUAGCGAGGUCGGGUGUCACCCGGUGCGGCACUUAAUGGUGUCACCCCCCC